AUGAUUCCCAACGCCCACGAAUUUCCUUUACAAGUCAUCGCGGUCCCGUUCCAGUAUCAACUACGGGACAGUGAUGAAGAACAAGUGGUCAUGACCACGGAGAUGAGCUUGUUUCAGGACGGGUUGGGAGAAAAGAUCAACAAACGCGAGGCAGACGGAGAGCCUGAGCUACAAUACGAUCAUAAGCGAUUUAAGUCCGGCACUCAAAAAUCUUACACCGGAGACGAGCUUGUCAGAACACCUAGUGUGGAGGGAUCACUGAAAUAUGAACUAGCCAACACCAUGAAAGAAGCGGAAGCACGAACAGGCGAAUCGGUACAAGGGUGUAACGGUGAAGUGAUGCUGGAGGAUUCUCCGGCAUCGGAAGCCCCGGUCGUUGCCAGUCAUACCGGUACUAAUGGCUCUACGACCAACCCGUCCCUGACGACAGGCGUCCUAAGCGACGACGGGUUGCCUCUGUCACCAAUAGCAUCCCCCAGUAACACUGCGUCGGUCGACGAAAUGUACAUGCUUCGCAAUAAAGUUUCCCAGCACGACUAUCUUGCCACAGUGGCAAAUGCAGCUCACAAGCAACUAUCGCCUGCAGGUUACAGAAACCUUGUGUUUCAGCUAAUAAGCAAGCUGUGCCGAAGUGAACUUUCCGAUCUGGGCACACUUGUGAAGGACCACUUGAAACGCGAUUUCAUCAGCUCACUACCCGUAGAGGUGGCCAUGAACAUUUUGACAAAUUUACGAUUCGAAGAUAUCGCCCAGUGUUUGGCGGUCAGCAAAACUUGGAACAAUCUGAUAAACAACACACCUAAUCUGUGGCGCAAUCUCAUGGUUAGUGAAGGGUUCAUGUCGCUCGACGAAUUCAAAAAAGACUAUCACGAUUCUUCAGACCCAGAACUGCAUUCCAGAGCCGAAAACCAGGUUCGGAUCAACUUCCUACAAAAUUACACGUACUUGAAAAAUUGCUAUAGCGCAAGCUUCAAGCCGCACCGCACAACGCUGCGAGGACACUCUGUAAAGAUCGUUACAUGUCUCCAGUUCGAAGACGACUAUGUCAUCACUGGAGCAGACGAUAAAGUAAUUCGAGUUUACGAUGCUAAUGAAGAGCGUUUCAUCACCCAACUGAGUGGCCACGAUGGCGGUGUGUGGGCUUUGAAAUAUGGUCAAGAUGGGAUCCUAGUGAGCGGGUCCACGGAUCGUAGUGUGCGCGUAUGGAAUAUCAAAGAGGGCAAGUGCACGCACGUUUUCAAAGGGCACACCUCUACUGUGAGGUGCCUGGACAUUGUGGAGCAUCGUGGAGAAAAAUUCAUCAUCACAGGCUCGAGGGAUCAUACGCUGCAUGUGUGGAAGCUUCCGAACCAUCGGUCUCCGAGCUACAAUCCUCACCACUGCGAGGUUUAUAGCACCACAGACUCAAAUCCUUAUUUUGUGGGUAUUUUGAGAGGACACAUGGCUGCUGUCCGCACUGUUUCGGGCCAUGGAAACAUCGUGAUAAGUGGUUCCUACGAUUUUAAUCUUAUGGUGUGGGACAUUGUUCAGAUGAAAUGUCUGUACGUUCUCACGGGCCACACAGACCGCAUCUAUUCGACCAUCUACGACCACGAGCGAAACAGAUGCGUGUCUGCUGGCAUGGACUGCACUGUGAGGGUGUGGGAUCUUUCGGACGUGCGGAAUAAUGGACGUUGCAACGCUAUUGGCUCGAAUAAUGCGGGCUGUGUCAAAGUCACCGGUUCCAUGAUCUUACUCCAAGGUCACACGGCUCUCGUAGGCCUGCUGGGGCUUUCAGACAAGUAUUUGGUGAGUGCUGGGGCCGACGGCAUGCUUCGUGGCUGGGACUCCAACGCCUAUUCGCGCCAGUUUGCCUACCAUUCCAAAGACAUGAGCGCGAUCACCACGUUUUACGCCAACAACAAUCUACUGGUGAGUGGAUCCGAGGGUCAGUUUAACGUGUACAAUCUCAGAGACGGCAAGCCCAUCCAUUCGGAUCUGCUGAGUGAUGCAGACCAGGUGUGGUCUGUUAAGUUCAACAAUCGGAAGUUCGUUGCGGCCGUCGAACGCGAAGGGCACAGUUUCCUAGAGUUUCUCGAUUUCGGCAGACCCCAGGAACAAGAAAUUGAAACUACACACACUCAAGAGCAGUGCUAG